UUUCCGAGUACAACUGGAAGAUUUCAUGAUUUUAUGUAGGACAAAGGUAGAUCUUCAUUUCCACACUCUUAGCUAAGCCAUCCGCAAAUAAGAAAAAAAGAUGGCAUCACCGUUAGCAAAAAUCGGUAUAAUCUCCAUCGGAGAUAUGGGAGUGGGCAUCGCCAAGUUGCUCGUCGCCAAUGGAUUCUCAGUUGCGACCAACUGCAAGGGGCGCAGCAAUGACACCAUCGAACGAGCCAAGGGCGCACGGGUCGAGCUCCUAAAAUCAGACGAGGAUCUUACGCAAUCAUGCUCGGUAAUCCUCUCCGUAGUCCCACCCCGCGACGCCGUCGCCACCGCUCAACGCAUCGUCGACGCGCUCACAGGCCCACUGCGGCGGACUUCAGACUCCCCGCUGUACUUCGCAGACCUAAACGCCGUCGCGCCAUCCAGCGUAAAGAACAUCGCCUCGCUAUUCAGUAGCGUUAAAUCCCUAUCCUCAACCGUGCGCUUCAUCGACGGAUGCAUCCUCGGCGGACCCCCGUCUGCAAAACCAGACGGUGAAUGGUACCUCCCGAGCAUCCCAACCUCGGGUCCGUACAAGCUCUCCGACAUCCCAGAUUUCGGCCCCAAGCUCUUUGACACGCUGAACAUGCGACAUGUAUCCCCGGACAUCGGCGGGGCUAGUGGGUUAAAAAUGUGUUUCGCGAGUUUUAGCAAGGGGUUUACGUCGCUUGCCAUUCAAUCCUUUACCACCGCACAGCGACUCGGUAUUCUCCCUGUUCUUAAAUCCGAGUUGCAGGAGAUGUUACCAGUGCACUACAAGCUCGCCGAGAAGGGCGUCACUGGUAUGCCACCAAAAGCCUACCGGUGGGUUGGCGAGAUGGAAGAAAUCGCCAGCACGUUAUCGGAAGAAGGCGGGUUUGCGCCGGAUUCGUUUACGGGUGCGGCGAAGGUGUAUCGUACCGUAGCGGAUGAUACGGCGUUAGGACAGGAGAAGAUCGGGAAGAGGAAGAGGGGAACUACGGUUGAUGAUGUGGCGGCGGCCAUGGUGGAGGGCAUGCAGACGAAGCGGAAGAAGAAUGAUUAGAAGUUAAAGCAUUGAAGAUAACAUUUACGAAGUUGAUAAAGACACGUUCAUAUAUCAUAUAUCUAGAUAUUAGAGCUAGAUACGAAGGUUCCAUCAUCCAACAGCUAACGCAUGAUGGUCAGCAGUGGCCCUCAACAGUGCUGGCGUAAAGAAGACGAGAUAUACACUUCGGGUGCAAUAUGGUGUUUCAUAUUCUCUCAAUAGAUCAACCUUCAAUAAGGGAUAA